AUGAAUGUGACAUUCAAAAGUUCCAAUAAAGAAGUUGUCGUGCCGCUCGUUCAUACUGUCAAUUCGAAUUUCUUCACGGCAGUUGUGAGCUUACAACCGGACCAGUACAGCGUGUCAGCCAGCAUGACAUAUGACGUUGGGAAAGACGUACUUAUAAGAAUGUGGAUACCUAGUACGGAUCGGAAACUAAAAGUGAAGUACGCAGACUUGGAUAUGAAUCAACUGACCACAGGACCCGAUACAGGAGCUAAAAUCUCAAUGGAUAUUCGUGACUGUAACGGUAAUGAGAUCAAGCUCUACGAUGUAAGCCAGCAGCAACAAAUGACCGAUGUUGGUGACGCCUAUUUUGUACCGUUUUUCUGCGUAGAAAACAGUUCGACAACUGUCCAAUGUGCUGCUGGAACAGAGAGCAAGUACAAUGUA